UGCACACGCGAGUAAAGAUUUCGGUCAAUCGCGAGCAAGAAUUGCCCAUUUCUGCCCAUAAUUCUAAGGAGUUUGCAUGAUUAAUUGUUGUGAAAUCCCCCAUUAUCAAUCCUCAGUGUCGUCUGUGAUACAUAUCACGGGAAAUUGUGGGUGAGAUAUCGGAUUUCGCGAGUGUGAAAAUGUAAUGAUGGCCGAGGGGAAUUGCGUUGUAUAAUUUUCACCAGUGACUUUUACUCUGAGAAAAUCCACCAAUUGGACUUCAAAUUGAGCCCGUGCAGCAAACAAGAGGAAAUGCUGGCUCCGCAGGCUUCGCCCCAGUACGACAUCAUCGUGGAGACUCUGACCGGGUCGGAAUUGAAAGUGACGGUGACUGACAAGGACACAGUUGGCUACAUCAAGUCCCGGAUCCAGAAGUAUGAAGGUAUUCCAGUCGGACACCAGCACUUGCUCUACAACCACAAUGAGCUGAGCGACGCCACGGAGAUGAAAGAUGUGCCGCUGGUGAAGGGAUCGCGGCUGAAGCUGGUCCUCGGCCUGAAAGGCGGUCCAGUGUCUGCACGUCGCAUUGUCACACUGCCCGAUUAUGAGAAUUGGUUCGAUCUGAGUGACGUUCUCAACACGUCCAGACAAGAACCAUUGACAAUUUCCACGCCGGGCGUUAAAGUGCUGGUGUACAAGGACUGCAAGAAGAAUAUUCAUCGACUGAUGAAGUUUCGCACGGGCAAGAAUCUGCUGACCAAAGGGUCUGAGGAGCAAACAGAAGCUGCCACAAAUGAGUCACAGAACGAUCAGUGGCUCAAUGACAAUAUUAAUACUCUAGAGAAAAUGCACCAAUUGCGCACGAAGUUGGAGUGGAAGAAGCGCAAUAAAACUGUGAAGAGCAUCACGAAUCAUCAGUCGAAUGACGACAAGCAUGUUGAUGUGAAUUCGGGUGUGCAGAUGAAGAAUAACAUUGAAAUUGAGAUUGGACGAAAGCUUCGCCGAUUGGGAUUCAUGUCGAAGGCGCGAACAUCCGUCGUGACGGACAUUGCAGCGUCAAUUGAGGGUCCUUUGAAGACUGACUCGCGCAUUGCUGCGGGGAAAGCUGACGAUGUGAAGGUGAACAACAAUUCCUUCUUCUUCAAUCAGCGACACUCGCAAUCACGAACGGCGCAACCGCUAGUGAAUUGUGUGAAUUACUUCAGCAGCAGCAGCGGCGGCGGCGGUAGCAGGAGUAAAAGUGCCAAGCCGCCGAAUGUUGCUGAUUACAACAAGAUAAAGUUGCGCGAGAAUAUCCGACGGAAUCGCUCAUUCAAGACGAUCAACACGGAGAGUGACUUGGCAAUCGAUGAGAAUCAGGCGAUUGGCGGCGGCGCGCGUGUGGCGUCGUCGCCGAACAUUGAGGAGCGCAUCCGUCGGCCACCGUCGAGCCGAAUGACGCGCGACGAGCACUUGUCGUCGACGUCAGUUCAGGACUUGAUCGAGCAAUUCAGCAAGUCGCGCAUCACAUCGCUGUCCGAUCCGUGUGGCGAGCGCGUGAAAGGUGAGAAGGAGAAGAAGCUGAGCAAGAGAGGCAUUCUGCAGAAGCACUUGUCCACGGCGAGCUUCGAGAAUAAACUCUUCGUUGAGCACCAACAUACGUUUGCCAUAAACAAUCGUGGUGAAUCGAGAGCCUCGUGUUCCAGUGACUUUCAACUGGAUGCCAAUUCAGACACAGCAUAUCGAGUAUUCAAGCUGCCAUCGGAAAAUGGAAACAACUAUGAACUACCAAAAUUGCUUAUUCGCGAGGAUUCACCAGUGGAGUCCUUUCACUCAUCCGAUUCGCAACUCGAGACGCUGGCAUUGCGUGGCGAAUCACCCAAGACUGUGUUGGAUUCCUUUGCGAAGAUCAACAGUGAGAACACAAGUGGCGGCGCAGAGCAGAAGAUCUCCUCCACGGAGUCAAUUCUGCAGUUGUACGAUGCGCCGAAGAAUCGAAUUGAAUCGAAGAGCGCGAAGAAGUCAUCGUGCAGUGAUAUGGGAUUGGGUGGUUUAGAAUUGAAUUUCCUCAGUGACGACAUGCCGUCGGCCGAGUGUGAUUUGGGUGGCGAUGGUGGUGCUGUGCAGAAGUGUGGCGACGAGACGACACUGAAGAUUGCCGACGAGUGGAAGGAGUUCGAGAAGGAAUCGCCGCCGUCUAGCACAUCAUUCAACUUCAUGAGCAGCAGCGGUGAUUUGUCGUCCGCCGAGGAUGAUGUGUUCGACAGUUGUGAGAUGCUGCAUCAGGCGUCAGCCGGGAAGUCAAAGUCGGUGGAGAUGAGUGAGUUUCGCAUGAUGUUUGGCAGUAGUCCAACGUUGCUCAACAACUACUGUGGCGGUGCAUCGAGUGGCGUGAAUUCACGCGGUGUGUCCGCGGCGCCAUUCAUGUAUCGUCGUCACGCUGACACGUGUCUGUCCAGCAGCACGUCGGAUCUGGAGUGUCUGCCGGGGCGCACGAAGGGCGGCGGCGGCGGCGGCAGCGACGGCACGACGGGUGGUGCGAAAGUGGGUCGCGAGCUGCCGUCACUGCUGCGGCAUCGCAACAAUGAGCAUCUGGACUAUAUGCGCAGCUAUGAGAAUCUAGACAGGACGAAGAUUGUCCGGCUGCGAAAUGAGAAGGUGACGACGGUGAGUGGGAGCGAGAGGAAUUGGCGUGUGUUCGAUGGGUACAACAGUGGGGAGCGUGAGCAGGAGCCGACGUCUGAGGAGUUUUCCGCCUUUAGCCGGCUCAAUUAUCAUGAUCACGCGGCGGCAACGGCGCCCACUGAUUUUCCCGUCUCCUUUCCGUCCAACGAGAGUCUCUUCAACAUAAACUUCGACACGUUUGAGGAUGAUGUGAUAGAAAUUGACACACUCGGCAUGUUUGAUGGUGCACACACGAAUGGACUGAUAUUGCCUGAAAUCCAUGAUGACCAAGUUAAGUUUGCGCGUAGUGAGGAGGAGAAGCCUUCAGCGGCAGAGGAGGAGGCGGCCGCGGCGGCGAAGAAGGCGGGGAAGAAGCUGAGGUGUGCUGAGUGCAAGAAGAAGUUGGGACUGAUUAUGGUGAUGCGGUGUCACUGUGAGAAGGUGUUUUGUCCGCAGCAUCGCUAUGCCGAGGCACACAAUUGCUCGUACAACUUCAAGCAAGAGGGACGCAAGAUUCUGACGCGGGAAAAUCCACUUGUUGUGGCGCAAAAGUUACCUAAAAUCUAAGAAAAAAGAAGAGAGAGAAACAGUUUUUGCCUUUUGCCCGCAUUGUUGAGUUCACCAUUUAUUUUUUAACAUGUGUUAUUUGUCCCUAAAAUGAAUCAAUUUUUUUUACUAUUAUUAUUAUUAUUAUUAUUAUUGAAAUUGCUUCUUAGGAGAGAAAAAAUAGAGAGGGAGCUUUGUAAACUCUAUUAUUUCUGGUGAUUUACUAUAUAUAUAUAUUCUUCUAUUUUAUUGGUAAAAGAAAAUAAUGAUUUAUGGGAUUGAAAAUCCAUCAAUUUUUGUUCUUGUCCUGUUCUUUUAUGUUAUUCUUCACUAAAAAUUUACUAAUUAUCAAAGAGAAAAAAAAUAUAUAAAUGCAUUAUAUAUUUGAGAAAUGCUCUUGUAGUCAAAGUGAAAGAGAGAUUAAUAACAAAAGGAAACAACCACUAAAAACACAUAAAGCUUGAGAUUGUAGAAUGACGGUAUCCUAACAUUGCUAGUGGAAAAUGAUGAAGAAAAUGCGUAAAGAAUAUUGCAAUAUGCAUUAUAUUUAUAGUUAGUUUAAAAAACUAUAUAUAUAUAUCAAAUUUUAUUGAAGAGAGAGAGAAAAAAGGUGUAUUUUUCAAAAUAAUAGCAGAAAAAGGAUAUUUUUUGAAUAUGGGAAAUUAGCAAAUACAUUAAUUUCUUCCUUAUCAUCCCACAUCGUAAAUUGCAUAAAUUCUAAAAUGUUUCUUUUAUGUUAUAAUUUAACAUUUCAAGGGAAUGUCUUCAGCUUAUGUAAUUAUUUUAUGUGUAUAACUAAAAAAAAGAUAUCUUCUGCAUAUUGGUGAAAUGUACUGCAAGAAAAGGAUUGAACAGAAAUAUAUAUAUAUAUAUAUGAAAAAAAUUAAUUUUGAACCUA